GGCCCUCCGUGUGUCACCGCCCAGCAGCGGGGCGGGGCCGUGGGGUUGGCGGUGCGGGCCCGCCGGGCCCGCGGUUCGCUGCGCGGCGUGGCCUGGCGUGGUCAGUGCGGCCGCGGAAGGCGGGGGGAUGCCUCACAGAACUGAGUUGUAUGAGGAUCCUCCAUCGGCAUGCUGGCCUAUCGUAUAUUCUCCAGACUACAACAUCACGUUCAUGGGACUUGAGAAACUGCAUCCAUUCGAUGCAGGGAAAUGGGGAAAAGUAAUCAACUUCUUGAAAGAAGAAAAACUAAUUGCAGAUGACUUGAUUGUACAGGCACGGGAAGCUACUGAUGAAGAUCUCUUGGUUGUUCACACAAGGCGCUACCUUAAUAAAUUAAAGUGGUCAUUUGUUGUGGCUACAAUCACAGAAAUUCCACCAGUUGCCUUUCUUCCCAAUUUCGUUGUUCAAAGAAAAGUUUUGAAGCCUCUACGAACCCAGACAGGAGGAACAAUAAUGGCAGGAAAACUUGCUGUUGAUAGAGGCUGGGCGAUCAAUGUGGGGGGUGGUUUUCAUCAUUGUUCAAGUGACAAAGGUGGAGGAUUUUGUGCAUAUGCUGAUAUCACACUGGCUAUAAAGUUCCUAUUUGAAAGAGUACAAGGGGUGUCUAAAGCCACAAUUAUUGAUCUGGAUGCUCAUCAGGGAAAUGGCCAUGAGAGGGACUUCAUGGAUGAUCAUCGAGUAUAUAUUAUGGACGUGUACAAUAGAUAUAUUUAUCCAGGGGAUGGAUUUGCUAAACGUGCUAUAAAACGCAAGGUGGAAUUAGAAUGGGGUACAGAGGACACAGAGUAUCUUCAGAAGGUACAUACUCACGUGGAAGGAGCAUUAAAUGAAUUGAAACCUGACAUCAUUGUUUAUAAUGCUGGGACUGAUAUUCUGGAUGGUGAUCCAUUGGGAGGACUUGCUGUUUCCCCUCAGGGAAUUGUGAAGAGAGAUGAAGUCGUGUUCAAGGCUGCCAGAAGCCGCAGAAUCCCAAUCCUGAUGGUGACAUCUGGAGGCUACCAGAAGAGGACAGCGCGGAUUAUUGCUGAUUCCAUCCUCAAUUUGCACAACCUGGGACUUAUUGACAAAGAGCAGGCAACCUGUGGAGUUCAAAGUCCCAAGUUGGAACAGAUGAUUAGAGACUCUGCUAAAGACUUAACCAACUUGUCGCUGCAAUGACAAGUUACUAAAUUUUAGGAAAGAACUUCCUGUUUUAGGAGCAGGAAGUCUCCACAUCAUUAUUAGGGUUAAUAUAAUGUAUUCCAGAAGACUCAACUUGCCUGUAAAAUAAUACAGUAGAGGUAAUAUGCAGUCACAGAGUAAGUGUGUCUAACUUCUGAAGCUAUCUUGAGCAAAGGCAACAAGCCCUUAUAAGCUAAUUGAGACAUAUACUCAAGUGUACUAUCUUUAAGUUUAUAAUAUUACUGUAGAAAGCUUUAAUUGCUUCUCUAAUUGUUAUGAGUAGUCGUAUUAUGUUGAAAGAACUAUGCAGUUGGUAUCCAAACACUGUCCCAGACCUAUUUCAGAUGAUGCAGUUCAGACUGUGGUGGGAGAAAUAUGGGCGAAACCUACUGGCUUUUUUUUUUUUUUAGAUACUGCAUUUUAUUUAUUGCUUUUUUAAUUGAAAUAUUAUAAAACAAGUUCUGUGCAGGCUUCUGUGCUCUUUAAUACUGAAGUGCAAUACUACAAAAUCUGUUCAGUUAGUAGGCUUUUAAGCCAUAGACUAUUAGAACAAAAACUCAUUAAUUUAUAUUUUAUUCCUGUUGUUGAUAGUGACUUAAAUCCUAGUUAUAAACACCUUGCAAAACAGAAUAUGAAAUGCCUUUGGCUCCAUAUGCAAAUGAGCCAUAAGGGCUCAGCAUUAAUGGUCUGUUUUCGGCCUCUCUUGAGGCCUGUAUAUGAAAGGCAAUAGUUACUAUGCAUCUUAAAUCACAGAGUAAAGUAACUACAAUAACAAGAAAACAAAUUUUAGAAUUCUUGCAGAAAAUAUUAUGUAGAAACAUGCGUAAUCUUUUAUUGUUGCCAGCAUGUCAUGUAUAAAACAGUGAAUGCGUACAUUUUGAUUUUUCUUUUUCCUCAACUAUUGCUGUGGUUUUUCACUUGCUCAGAGAGUAAUGGUACUCAUAGUUGCAUUGUAGUUGUUAACCAAAUUGGUUAUAUUUACACGUAAAAAUACAGUGAAAUUUCUACACUUAACGUGCUAACUUCAUACAGGAGCUUCUAGGAGGAUUUCGGAACUAAAGAGUGUAUUCAAAAGGGAAUUCAGUACCUUAACUGUAAAGUUUGAUUUUAUUUAAAUUGGUAUGUUUUGCAUUAGGUACUGUUUGUAGCAUUGGGUCGUAAACAUACUAAAUCGUGUAUUUUGCAAGAGCUUUUUUCACUUCCAAGUAUUCACUGAUUGGUAGUACAAAUUGCACAUCAUGUUUCAGUUUGAGUCUUUCUGUGAAGGGAUACUAAUAUUUUCCUUGUAAUAGAAUCAGUGUGUAAGCUGUUUAAGGAACGUUUAAUUAGAAUACUUACCUCACUUAAUGUUAAUUUCUAGAUUGAUAGGGUUUGUUAAUUGUAAGAACUUGCACAAUUGCUGUAAAUAUCUGCUUUAAAAAAGAUUUGACAUAUUGCACUAAUCUUGAGUUGCAACACUGUUAUUAAAAAGCACUUUUAAAUUUCUUACUAGAAGGACCAUCAGAGUACAACUAAUGUUGAGAUUUAUUUUUUCUAUACUGUCUGAUGUUACUGAAAGAUGUUGUUAUUCUUUCAUAUAAUUUUUUAUAAAAUUAUAAAUUACAUUUCUAUAAAUUAAACCCUGUCCUAGUACCAUAUGGUCUUUUCCAGAACGUUUUCUGUUUGUGUUAACACGUUUCUAUUUUCCUGUGGUCUUGAUUAAAAUGAUGUUGAACCGUG